AUGAUCGGGUAUAUUGCGACAAUACUGCCCAUCUAUAUCUUCGUGUAUUUGCCUAUAUCCACCAGCCUAUUCGGGACAUCGCAGAAACCGGUGGCGCCCAUCACACAGCUUAACAGCUCGCUCAUUGCGUCCAACGAGCCCCUGAAUUGCACGUCUCAUUAUUACAACACCCACAUCCUCUCUCUGGAGCCAUUAAUCAUCUACAUCGAGAACUUUCUGAGUCCAAAUGAGUCGUCCCACCUUCUGAAGAUUAGUGAAGACAAGUUUAAGCCAUCAACCGUUACAAGCGGAGCCGAAACUUUAAUCAAAACAAACGUGCGAAAUUCCGAAGUUGCCCUCAUCGAUCGAGAUGAUGUCGUUCGUUGUAUUGAGCAUAGAGCGAGGGCUUUCCAGGGAUGGCGGCCGGAUCUUCAUAUUGAGAGGCUGAGGACACAAAGAUAUCGAGAGGGUGGUCAUUACACUCAUCAUUAUGACUGGAGUGGUGCGAGCAGAAACGCCGAUAGAGUGAGCUCGUUUAUGGUCUAUGUUGACGCAGAAUGUGAAGGUGGUGGAACAGAAUUCCCAAGAAUAAGGGCACCUGAUCUCGCGGAUAGAAAAUGGUGUGAGUUUCUAGAAUGCCAGGAGGCGACCAGUGAACCAGAGGACCAAAGAAAGAAGAUGGGAGUGACUUUCAAGCCAAAGAAAGGCAAUGCUGUAUUUUGGGAGAACUUGAGAUCUGAUGGUCGAGGAUACGAGGAAACAUGGCAUGCUGGACUACCGCUCCUAUCGGGAUGGAAGGUUGGUCUGAAUAUUUGGAGUUGGGGACCUGCAAGAUGGGGUGAUUGA